AGAAUGUGUUUCUCCUCGCCGGAGAGUGUGCGAAUAUACACUCGCUCAAUUAUUACGUGUAUACGUGUAGAUAGAGCGGAGCUGUCUGGAUAUAGUAGACGACUCAUCGGACAACUAUGUAAUACUCCAAACAAUAUACCUGUCAAAACUCCCGCUUCGGCCAGUGCGCAUUUCUCAACGCGCAGACAUAAAUAUAGGUACGCGCAUAUUCUGCAGUCUAUACACUGCACUGCAGAGACUGCGGAGCACACAAAACAUCAGCUAGCUGCUCUUCGGAAAAGCUGGUGUGCAGCUCACUCAUCGAAUUGACCCAUCGGAUAUCAAUAAAGACGCGUCUCGGUGAAACCAGGAAAGCAGGAACGAUGUAGCCGCUCUGCACACUCUGUGUCUGUCGCACUCUGGGAAAAUCGAAUCUCCGCUCCGCGAUAAGGUAGAGAACGCGCUAGAGCAGCUGAUAUCUGUCGAUGACGAGGAGCUCGCGAGAGGGUUGCGAUCAUGUCCUGACGAAGAUUUUAAGGAUCGACGAAUAAGCUGACAAAGCAACAGGAUGGCUGGAGCUCAAGGAACGCCCGAGUCAGAGGCGGGGAGCUUCGAGUGCUUUCAGAACUACACUGCGCCCGAGGUCUUCGUCCAGGGCCUUGCUGGCAUCGUCGACCAGCAGGACGUCGAGUCCAUGAUUCGAGCUCAGAAACAGAUGUUGCAGAGGUUCGAGAAGACAAAUGAAAUGCUGACUAACUGCAAUCAAUUAUCUGUUAAUCGACUGAAGACUGCUGGCAGCGAGUUCAAGAAGCACACUGCACUUUUGGUGGAGAUGAAAAAAGACUUGGAUUUCAUAUUUAAGAAAGUCAGGGUAAUCAAGAAUAAACUGAGUCAACAGUAUCCUCAAGCUUAUAAUGAAGCUGUAAGGAGUAGCUUAGCGGAGGAGGUGAUUGCCGAUGAUGCAGAUCAAAAGCCAUCAGAACCAGAGGUUCCGCAUCAACCACCAAGUAGUAAUGUUGGGGAAAGGAAUCCAGAUUCUGAUGGUAAUAAAUAGCACAUUCAAUAAUCAUAUCGGUUAGCUGGCCUUGAAAACAUUUGUGAUAUUAAAGUAUUUUUAAAGUGUUCUUUUCUAUAAUGUAAAGGCAUAAGUUGUCUUGAUUGGUUCAAGUUUUUACAAUGAAGUAUUACAACAUAACUAAACAUGUGGGUUAUUGUAUGAUCUACAAGCUCUAUGAUGUACAAAUCUAUUUUAAUAAUUCCUAACCAUACUAUAAAGUUGCUUGCAAUUUUCGUUCAAUGCUCUUAUACUUAAAAUGCUCAAAAAUUGUAUUGAUGUAUUGACUAAUGGGGAAGUGCACAAACUUGAUAGUGUCUUUAAGAGACUGUGAAUUUCUGAGAAAUUUCUUGCAUCUAAAACUAAACAUCUUUGUUGUUUAAAUAUACAGAAUUUAUUCUCAAAUCUCGA